AUGAAGCUGCUUAGCCUCUCUCUACUCACAGUGACCAUUCUUCUUUGCUGUAACAUGGCUCAGCCUGCAUUAAGGAAGAACGCUUUCACCAAACCUGGGUAUUGCCCGGAGUUUCAUCUUCCCUGCCCCUUAAUCCUUAUUCCCAGAUGCAGGCGUGAUAAAGCCUGCAAGGGGUCGCUAAAGUGUUGCUUCUACUACUGCCAGAUGCGCUGUGUGGAGGCAUGGGAGAGCAAGGAUUAG